AUGAAGUACACCAGCACACGAGGAGCCGUGUCGGGUGUUGGCUUUGAAGAAGUCCUGUUUGCCGGGUUUGCUGAAGAUGAUGGUCUGUAUAUGCCGGAGCAGAUCCCGAAGCUAGAUGAGCAGACUCUGAGAUCAUGGAGCUCUUUCUCCUACAAGGAAUUAGUGAAGGAAGUGUGCUCUCUGUUUAUUCCUUCUGAGCUCAUUCCCAUGAAUGAUCUACAUGGUCUCAUCGACAAAGCUUUUCUUCGCUUCAGACACCAAGACAUAGUUCCACUUACCAGACUAGAAAAUGAACUGAAUGUGUUGGAAAUGUGGCACGGUCCAACUUACUCCUUUAAAGACCUCGCCAUGUCCUGUGUGGGACAGUUUUUGGACUACUUUUUGAAGAAAAACAAUCGGCAUGUGAACAUCUUGGUUGCAACAUCUGGAGACACAGGAAGUGCUGCAAUUGAGGGUGUUCGAGAAAAUCCAAAUAUUGAUAUUAUUGUUCUGUAUCCACUUGGACGAUGUACUCAGAUCCAGGAGCUGCAGAUGAUAACAGUGUUUGAAGACAAUGUUCAUUUGUAUGCAGUUGAAGGGACAUCAGAUGAGCUGGAUGCACCUGUAAGAAAACUCUUUGCAGAUACAAGUUUUGCAAAAAAGCAUAAUUUAAUGAGCAUCAACUCCGUCAACUGGGCUCGAGUGAUGGUGCAGAUAGCCCAUUUCAUCUAUGGGUACUUCCGAUGUGCUCCAGCAUCACAGGAAGGAACGCUGCCCCCGGUGGAGAUAGUUGUACCAACAGGCGGAGCAGGGAACAUUACAGCGGGCUGCAUCGCUCAGAAGAUGGGGCUGCCCAUCCAGCUGGUUGCUGCUGUAAAUAAAAAUGACAUCAUUCACAGAGCUGUGCAGAAUGGAGACUUCUCAUUGAGUGAUACAGAGAAGACGCUGGCUUCUGCAAUGGAUAUUCAGGAGCCGUACAACAUGGAGAGAAUAUUGUGGCUGGUUACUGAUGGGGACGGUGGAAGAACUAAAGCCAUGAUGGAAGAAUUUAAUGCUGAGAAACAGCUCAGAUUACCGGCAGAGCUUCACCAGAAGCUGCGGGGAAUGAUGACAUCCUGCUCUGUUAAUGAUGAUGACAUUCUAAGGACAAUUGGACGCUGCUGGGAGGAGAACCGAUACCAGCUCUGCCCUCACUCUGCCGUAGGAGUGACUUAUCAUUACCAGCAAACCGACAGCAACCAGGACAACAGACCCCGAUGUUGUUUGGCACCAGCUUCAGCUGCUAAAUUUCCGGAAGUCAUUGUACAAGCCAAUCUCACCCCCGAACCCCCGGCAGACAUCCAGGAAUUGAGAAACAAAAACUGGAGCUAUACACACGUGACGAAAGAGGACGAUUGGGAAGAACUACUGCGAGAAAAAAUUAAAAUAAUUGACAGUGAUGACUGA